AUGAGCGCUGUGGCUCAUCCGAGAAUGAAAUCGGGAAUCACCAAACACAGUAACAUUGCAAAAAGCAAGUCCACUGAUUCUAGUACAUCUCUGUCUUCGUCAGAUUGCCGUUCAAAUAGUGCAGAACCUAUAGAGAAGCAUGAACGCGAUUCCUCAAUAAAGCAGUCGCGGGGUCACCAAGGUUCCGGUAACACAACUAAAGUCGAAAAUCAACCGCGCAGCAAACCCCAGGAGGUAGAGGAUGACUUUUUUGCCUGGGUAGAUCCUUUACCAGUGAGGCCUCCAGGUUACAAAGCUACGAACCCCAAUAGACGCGUUGCAUAUCCUGUUUACGACGUGGAAGAGCCUAACCUGUUGCCUCCAUACUCCUCGACUGUUGACGAAAUCACGCUUGUAUCGAUGAAGAUGGAAUGGCUCAACCCGUAUACUCCGUCCCCGUCGCGAGGGUGGAAAAACUUCGUCAUGGAGAUCAACUCAACUCAGCUAAAUUUUUAUCACAUUGAUCCAUCGUUGACUAAAAGUAUUAGAAAUUAUUGGAAUGGGAAGGCUCAUUUUGCUGGCGACAACAUUGAUCCAAUACUUGAGUAUGACAGCCAUCAUUCGAUCUUCAAUUCUUUGGGCUCGAAAAGCACUUACCAAUUUAAUAGAGCUGAUCAGGAAUCGCUGACCUCGAAGAUCAAGAAAGAGAAGUCAAAGCUCUUGGCCAGCAGCAAACUCUUCAGAUCAUACUCUUUACAAUUUGCAAAAUUUGGCAUUCCAACAGAUUACAACCGAAAGACAUUCGUUCUGCGCAUGAGAUGCGAAACCGAGCAAUUUUUGCUAAGCUUUUCCCACGUCGAUGAUAUGAUUAUGUGGAGCGUACACUUAAGUAUCGGAAUCGGAGUAUCUCUCGAUCUCGAUUUCAGAGAAUUCCCAAGUUAUAGAACGGUCCCUCGUCGGCGCAGACGCAGAAGACGGAAGAGACAGCUAAAUAAUGGUCUUGUGGGUACUCCUGGUAGACCUGGUUCGGUUGCUUCUAACAACUCCACCGAAUCUCGAAAAGGAUUUUUGGACCUACAUUCGCCAAACAAAAAGAGAUCUAGCUCCGCCACCGGAAGUGUUUCAUCUACCCCGGGCGAGGACUACUUUUCUUCGGCAUACUCCACAUCAAGCUCUAGACGCGACAGUAACGACUCCAUCAAAUUUAAGCUUAAAAGCUUUUUCAAAUCAGACAAAAAGACAACUUCUCCUUCUCAUAGAAACCAAUAUAAUCGAAAGCUUAGUGUAGCUGGGCUGAACUCGGUUGUGGAGGAUGACGAAGAGGAUCACGUUCCAAACAGAACUCAGUCUACCUCUAACACGCCAAGGAAAAAGGAGCACCUUGCCAGGCCAGGGUUAGACCAACGCUCACAAUCGACCGGCUUACUACCAAACAACGGCGAAACCGAGGAUUAUUUUGGAUUCGUGCAAGAUUCAUCAUCGGGACAACAUGAUGUACCAGCUCUUACCCCUGGCUCCCCAGGAUCACCAGGCAGUAUUAAUUCCAUAGGCGGUGCUACUAUUGCUUCUAACGAGCUUCAAAUGCAAACUGGAUUCCACAACAAUGUCGGCCUUCAAAAUGAUUUGAAUGAGCUUCACGAGAUUAUUCGUGAGCACAAUGAGGAUGUGGUAGAGGAUGUCAUUGAGGAUGAAGAAGAAGAAGAAGAAUCUCCCACCGGCAAUGAUCUCGAAGAUGAUCUUGAAGAUGAUGCUGAAGACGAUGAUGAUGACAUUGAUAGCGUGCGUCGUAAUCAUACAGCUGCAACCUCCUCAAUCUAUCAGGACGAGGGUAUAUUCCAUGACAGUGAGGAUGACUAUAACUACGUGGUGGACCGUGGUGAUGCUUUCAGGAGGAGAGCUUCCUCAGUAGCUAGCAACUUGAGCAGCACGCCCUACGGUAGCGACGGGGUUAAAUGGAGGCCCCCCAGAAAGGAGAUGUCUAGAAGAAGAUACAUCCGGGACUCUUUAAGAUGCAUAAGACCUCUUCCAGAAGAUGAGGACUGGGUCGGCACUGUCAUAAUUAGACCAAUACCGCCUCCUGCCUACGAAACGAAUAAUCCUCCUGUGUCUGGUUUCAUUUUUGACCAGGGACGAACUGGAAAGCCAAAGGCAUCAAAAAUCAAGAACAUGAGAAUUGAAAAUGGCAUCAUUCUAAACAAAUGCAAAAACCAUUUUGUGAAGCCCUACGUCGUUGGCCCCGUCGGACUGCUAAAAACAAACGCCAGGUGCUAG